AUGGUAUUGAAUUUGGUGGAAAUCGAUCCACGAUCAGUCCUUCGUUGUAUAGGAAAUGUGUCUCAAGUAGAAUUUCCAAGUGACAGUAUAGCUUUGAUCAUAUGUAUGGAUGAAAAUGCUGAUGAGUUGGGACGCUAUGAAACUUCUUUGGAAAUACUCAAACAUAAGAGCGACGUCUGCUCAUCGUAUUUUGGAAGAUGGGCAGGGAAUCAAAAUAAUGAAAUUCGAAUUACGGGCAAACCAGAGUUAAUGGAGAUGUUCUUAUCUUUUUGUUGCGAUCACUGUUUACGUUCAAAUUUGAGCAUACAAGAAUUAAUGGAAUUAUUGGUAUUUGCCGAUAAGCUGAUAUGCAAAAGUUUCUUCAACGCGGUCAUGAAAGAACUGUUCAGACCACCAUUUGAAAUGUCGAAUCUGCGAGACCUUUUUACUUUAGCUCGUUAUCUAUCAUCUAUGGAGCUAUAUCAAAGUCUGAGUGAACUUUGGGCAGCAAUGUUUCCAAUACUUCUGGAAAAUGAAUUUGUUAAUGAACUGUUACUCGGUGAAAUUGCAUAUAUUGAAGAUGCUUUUCGUUCACAUGCUUUGCAGAAUAUAGCCCACACUGUGGAUAUGUUUGAAUCAGAGAUAAAAAAAACUGGUGGUUCCAAAACAAACUGUAAGAAAUAUCAUUGUGGAUGUAAUGGCAGUUCUGAAAGAACCGAUGGAUAUGAAGUCAUUAAUAAAUUUCUGCAAAACUGUAAAGACUAA